CCCUCCCAAGAUAUUAGAUAGACUAUCUCCUACUGCACCUUAACAAUAUAUUAUCACAGGGCCCUUAGAUGGCUGCACUCUACCGCGCUCUCGGCCUUGGUCGACGGGAGAUCCGCCUAUUAAAGCUACUCAAAUCGGAUUCCUUCGACUCCCCCAUCCGCGGUAGGCUCGUGCACACCACGCUCGAUGACCACGAGCCUUACGAGACCAUAUCGUACGUCUGGGGCGUCCCUAAAUUUACACAGACCAUCGAGCUGGAAUCGCAGCCGUUUGGGGUCACGCCGCACCUGGAGAACGGGCUUCGGCAUUUGCGCCUCGCCUCUAAGGAUAGGACGAUCUGGGUCGACGCCGUGUGUAUCAACCAGAGCGACGAUGUGGAGCGCGGCGAGCAGGUCAUGUUGAUGAAGCAGAUCUACGAGUCUUGUACGGGAAAUCUGGUUUGGCUCCAUCCUAUGGUUCCCACGCCCUCCAAUGUAUCUGAGGGCGAGAAUCAAGGUGAGGAGGUAGAUGAAGAGAAGAGACAGCAGCAGAUGGCUAAAACGCUCGCGACCAUGGAGGAGGGCUUGGAUUUGUUUAGUAGUAUUUACACGCGUGACAUCAAGUCUCUCGAGCCGAUGCGUCACAAGAGGGGAGAGGUUAGUUUUUGGGAAACCACGAGCGACAAGCCAGGCGACGACGUGUGGCUCCUAGAGUACGAGCAAAUGGACUCCCUGCAGACGCUUUUUACCUACUCCUUGCUAUGGUCGCGCAUAUGGGUGAUGCAGGAACUCGCAUGCGCGCCGCGGAUCACCCUCGUCAUCGGGAAGCGGACGCUGGAUUGGGAUAUGCUCGACUCGUUUCUCGGAGACGCGGAGUACUCCGAUGCGUUUCAUAUGGAAUGGGGACACGGCACUGUGGGACCCAUGGCUGGUCAGACAUUCAGCAAGGUCAAGACUAUUCAGAACCAGCGCACCAUGACGCAGGCGGGGCAACGGUCAAGCUUAAUGGAUGUCCUGGCGCGCUUCAAGGGUUCCAGGUCCACAGACCCACGGGACAAGAUCUAUGGCCUCCUCGGCCUCACCUCGCAAAGCCGCGAGAUGAAGGUCGAUUACCGCAAGUCGGUCGCGGAGGUUUUCACUGAAGCAACCACCAACGAGAUCAAUGGGAGCGAGAACCUAGACAUCAUCACCCAGAACCCAUUUCAAGGGAACGACUCUACCGAGCGACUGGCCGGCCUCCCGUCCUGGGUCCCUGAUUUUUCGUGCAACAUGUACGACGACUACUCCAAUCAGUACUCUAGCAUCCUUUUUGCGCAGCGGGGGAUCUACAGUGCUGGGAGUGCAGAAUGCAAAGUCCCCUGCGACGACGUCCUACCCGGUCGUGUGUUACGCCUCCACGGAACGGUCAUCGGUCGCGUGGGACCCAUAUUAUUUAAUGACUGGGAACAAUCGUACGACGUGAAGCCUGGAUGGCAACUCCAGAAUCUCUACGCGUAUAAGAAGCUCUAUCUCAGCCCCGACGUCUUAGACUCGUCGGCGACGUACGUAAAUGGGGAGCCCGAAUUACAGGCGUUCUGGAGGACUUUGGCAGGUGACUGCGUCGCGUACCCUAUAGAGCGACUAGACCAGACACAAAUCGCCGAGGACGGCAAGGCGAUUCGAGAGCUUAUGCGGCAGCCGUUGACGGAGGAGUCGCGGUGGUAUACGUUCUAUAAAGAUCUGGCCUCGGGGCGGAUGAUGGAUAAGAUGUUUAUGCGGUGGAUGUUCACGAAGGCGGAUAAUGGGCUCUUUUUGAUGGUGAAGGAGGGAGCGAAGGAAGGGGAUGUUAUUGUGGUUGUGGAUGGUGGAAAAGUUCCGCUAUUGCUACGUAAAGUGGAGGAUGGUGAGGGAGGCGGGUAUACUGUUGUCAACGCUGCUUAUGUGCAUGGUUUCAUGGAUGGGGAGGCAAGGACCUGGGUGGAGGAGGGGAAACUGACUGAGCAGGAUUUCCUAGUCGUGUGAAAUGAUUGCAAUGGUGAAUAAAGAUAUUAUAAGUCGAACCUCUAGAUUUUUUAUGAGAAACAAACACAUUUUUAGCAGCUGUAAGAGCCGUCGUCGUCAUAUGUCGCAGUACUCAUAUACACACUCAUAAUAGCCGUAAUGCUAACUAAAAUUGUCAUAACCCACAUGAGAACGAU